CUUAUUUAUACCAUUAACCAUUGACUAGAGUAUUAGUACUAUCCACUAUGAGUGAGUUAGGUGAUAGUAACAGGACAUCACCCAGCAAUCCACGACUUCGAAGGCGUCCACCCCCUCCGGUUACAGAAUCUAUUGAUCCAUUGCCAUUAACGACUAAUUUGAAUCAAUCCCUUUCAACCCCAACAAUUGAAGGAUUAAAUAAUAAUAAUUAUAGUAAUAAUACUAUUGCAACUACUCCUACACAUAAUUCGUAUAUAGACUAUGAUACUUCAGGAUAUCAAAUGUCAUUAUAUAAUGAAAGUCCAGGACUCAAUGGUCCUCGAGAAUUAUCUGAUUAUGGUGGAUUCGAUGAUUCAUUUCUGAAUGAUGCACCUUUAAGAGCUACUACUUAUAAUAGUGAAUAUUUUCAGAAUAAGAGACGACUGUAUCAACAAUUAUCGAGAUCAGUUUCAACAGCGACAGUUCCAAGUCCAAGUCCUAUUCAUCAUCAACAGCCACAACCUGAUGCUUACUAUCAAGAUCCAACCACAUUAAGAUUAUCUCCUCAAUUAAAUAGAGCUUUGUCAACUCCGCUUCAUCCAAUUCAAACCAAUAAUAUUACUACUCCUACAAGAAUUUCGGUUAUAGAUGUCUUACCUAGUCGAACUUUAACAACAAAUUCUUAUAUAUCAAAUGGACCUAUGACUCCACCAACAGCAUCAUCCCCUACUCGAGAUAGAUCAUCUUUUCUCUUCUCCGAGAAUGAACAUGAAGAAGGGUACUCUCCGAUAUCACGAGAUUCAGAUUUCAAUAGAUAUGGAAAGUAUAAUCUUGAAGAAGAUAUUGAAUUAAUUAAUCGACAAAUCGAAUCAUUGGCUAAAUAUACCCAAUAUAUUUAUGGUAAUGAAGGUCUUGAAUUACCAUCUUUACCACCAGUAAAUUUUGAUAAGAAUCGAGAUUCUAUGUAUCCUAUUCCUACAUCUGUUCCAUCUCCACCAUCACCAAGUGCUAAAUUAGAUCAAAAAUUAAAGGAUGGAAAAUUACCAUUAAUACCAGUUAACUUACAACAAAAAUCAAAUUUUCAAGCCAAUUUAUUAAGAGAAAAGCAUUUUGCUGAAUGUAAAAAUAUAAGUUCAUUAUCAUCAAUUUAUAAAUGGUGUUUAAGUUUACGUAAUUGGCUGCAUGCAAUAGAUAUACCGACUUUUGCAUUUAAAAUGACAAUAUUUAAAUUAAUUGUAUCAAAAUUAUCAUUUGAAUUUUCAUAUUAUGUGAAAUGUACAACUGAAAUUAUAAAUGAAUUAAUGAAAUUUAAAUGUAUUAUAUAUGUAACUUAUGAUAAUCCUGAUCUGCAUAUUCGUAUACUUGAUGGUGGUUAUAUACCUGAAUUAUAUGAUACUUAUAUAUUUAAACUGAUCGAUUUGAAUGAUAAUUCUAAUUUAUUAGGAGAUAUUGAAUUGACUGAAAAUAUUGAUAUUCAAGAUGUUAUUAAAAAUAAUUGGAAAGUUACAUUACCAAUAACAGAAAAGAAAAUCAAUGUUAUAGCAGAAAUGGUUGGACUGGAAAUCUUAUUUCGAACUAAUGUUAAGUUAUAUAUAAAGGGGUUAGUACCAGAUUUUGGUUUACUUGUAAGAAAAGAAUUUCAAGAUCAAAGCUUUGAAGAUAAUUUAUCGAAAUGGGCAGAAGAAAUAUUAAAAAUCCAUGAAACUUAUAUAUUAAAACCUUUAUUAAAACUUGAAGUUUCUGAUGAACCAGAAAAGUUAAAUUCAAUUAUUUUAUUAAUAUUAAAUAUUUACUUUACUUGGUCUCAGAAAGUUCGUAAUCCACUUAAAGAACAUUUCUUUUAUUUACCAGGUAGAUUAUACUAUCUUCUGAAAUAUAAAGAUAUAUUAGAUAGUGUACCGAAAAUUAAAGAACUGUCUCAGAAUGCAGAAAUGUUAGUAAAUUCGGCUUUUGCAAGAUAUUCUAAAAUUAAUUUACAACUUGAAAAGUUUAAAAAUUCAGGCCUUGAAGAAUAUGUGGAGAUUUCAAUGAGAUCUAUUACAGACUUAGGUCUUGAAGUUAAUCAAAAGAUUGAUAGUGGUCAUAACCGAUUCCAUUUGGGUAGAAUUCAACGGUUAUUAACAUGGCCAAGUCUGCUUCCAAAACCAGAUAUUGAUUGGAAUAAUAAGAAUCGAAAAUUUGUGACUGAGGGUCAAGCUUUAAGAUCGAAUUUAUUAACUAAGAAAGUAAUGUUAAUAGUUCUCGAUAAUUUUGUAUUUAUAACUGAUGAAAUCGAUAAGAGGAAUGAAGCACAAGUAAUAGAUUAUAUUCCAGGGAAUUUUCUAUUAAUUGAAAAGAAAAGUGUAUCAGUUCCUACAAAUACAGUACCAAAUCAAGCAAAUUCUACUCAAAUAGAUUCUGUACAAUUUAGAUUAACUCUUGCCGGUGCAAAGGGAUUUUUAUUCACUUCAAAUAAAAAUUUAUUUGAGAGUCUUUUAAUACCAAAGGAAGAAUUCUUUCGAAAAUCUAAAAAGAAUUUACCAUAUUCAGUUAAUUUAAUCUCUAAUAACUAUUUCGUUCAUGAAUGGAAUUAUGAGCCAUCAUUUUUACAAUUAUAUUCAGAAUUGGAUCCUACAGUUGAAUGUUCAACUUUAAAUAUUCCAAAGGAGAAGAUAGUCAAAUAUAAAGAAGGUAAAGAAUUUCCUGGUGAAUUCACUACUAGUCAAUUAAGAUGUUCUAGCUCGUUUGAAUAUCAUCUGAAAAGAUAUGUGUUAGUAGGACUGGACUCUGGAUUAUUCUGUAGUGAUCCAAAUGGGAAAUGGAAGAAAGUAAUGGAUGGCGAAAACAUUAAGAAGAUUAGAAUCCUAGAGAGUAAGAAUCUUGUGUUUUUCCUUUCUAAAAAGAAAUUGAAAUAUUUCACUCUCGAAAAGUUAUUGGAAAUGUAUGAGAGAGGAUUGCAGAUUGCUAGUUGUAAUUUACUUUCUGAAGGUGAAGUUGAAUUCUUUGAAGCUGGUCAAUAUGGUAAAGAACACUUAGUUAUUUAUGGUAAGAAAGAUGGUAUAAAAACUUCCUUACGUGCCAAGAUUCCUACCACUGAACAUGGAGGUAUCUUUAAUGGAUUUACAUCAAAAGAUCCAUUUUAUGAUCCUGGUGAAUGUAAUGGUAUUAGUAUUUUUAGAGACUUUGUUGCUGUUCAUUCUAAUCGAAAUUUUUCAAUAAUGAAUUUGGAUCAUUUAGAUGCUCGAUUAGUUAGUGAUAAACUUAAAAUUAAUAUCGAUGAAUUAAAUAAUAGUACUGGUAAUGUUAAUAUUAAAUCUGGCUUAGCUUCUAUAAGAGCAGCACUUAAUAGUUCUGAUGCUAAACCUUUAGGAAUGUUUAAAGUUAAGAAUCUGCUGAAGAAUGAAUUCAUACUAGCCUAUAGAAAAUUUGCAAUUUUCGUUAAUAAAGAUAUUAAAUUAACUAGAAGUUCAUUAUUUGAAUAUAAUUUUUGGGCUGAUAGUGUUGCAUGUAAAAAUAAUCAUUUAAUAAUAGUUAAGGAGGAUGUAAUUGAAAUAUGGGCUAUUCGUGAAGGAGAUCAUCUGACUCGUAAAUUAGUUCAAGUCCUUGCAGGCAAGGAUAUAAAGAUGCUUAAUGGAAACCUGUUAUUAUUCUCUAUGUCAAAUCCAGUAUUUCCAAAGUUUAAAUUGGUAUUUCAAUUAAAACUCAUUUCCAAAUAGACUUAGAUUUAGACGUAUAUAGUAUAAAUGUACACUUGCAAGAACUUUCGGAGUUUAUUAAUCGGAACAAUUUUGCAGCCGAUCGGAUAUAUAGUUUUUGAAUUUUUCAUCAGAUUUUGGCCGAGGAAAACCUGCGGGGAAAAAUGUUCUCGGUCUACCCCAGACAUUGGACAUAAUAUAAAGACCAUUGAAA